GGGCCGCGGUUCCGGCAGCUCCCGGCAGCGGUGGACGCACUCGGCCGGCGCUGCGCUGCGGGGAGGGCGGCUCUGCGAAGCCGCAAGUUCUCCGGCCGCGCUCCGGACCCAGUAUGGCUUUCGCCAAUUUCCGCCGCAUCUUGCGCUUAUCGACCUUCGAGAAGAGAAAGUCCCGUGAAUAUGAGCACGUCCGCCGGGACCUGGACCCCAACGACGUGUGGGAGAUUGUGGGCGAGCUGGGCGAUGGCGCCUUCGGCAAAGUCUACAAGGCCAAAAACAAGGAAACCGGUGCCUUGGCAGCCGCCAAAGUCAUCGAGACCAAGAGUGAGGAGGAGCUGGAAGACUACAUUGUGGAGAUUGAGAUCCUGGCCACCUGCGACCACCCAUACAUCGUGAAGCUCCUGGGGGCCUAUUACUAUGACGGGAAGCUGUGGAUCAUGAUUGAGUUCUGCCCUGGGGGAGCUGUGGAUGCCAUCAUGCUGGAGCUAGACCGAGGCCUCACUGAGCCCCAGAUUCAGGUCGUCUGCCGCCAGAUGCUGGAGGCACUCAACUUCCUGCAUGGCAAGAAGAUCAUCCACCGUGACCUGAAAGCCGGAAAUGUGCUUAUGACCCUUGAGGGGGACAUCAGGCUGGCUGAUUUCGGUGUGUCUGCCAAGAACCUGAAAACGCUGCAGAAGCGAGAUUCCUUCAUAGGAACGCCCUACUGGAUGGCCCCUGAGGUGGUGCUCUGUGAGACCAUGAAGGACGCGCCCUAUGACUACAAGGCUGACAUCUGGUCCUUGGGCAUCACGCUGAUCGAGAUGGCACAGAUUGAGCCCCCACACCACGAGCUCAACCCCAUGCGGGUCCUGCUCAAGAUUGCCAAGUCGGACCCUCCCACGUUGCUCACGCCCUCCAAGUGGUCUGUGGAGUUCCGAGACUUCCUGAAGAUAGCGUUGGAUAAGAACCCAGAGACCCGGCCCAGUGCUGCACAGCUGCUGGAGCAUCCCUUCGUUAGCAAUGUCACCAGUAACAAGGCUCUUCGGGAGCUGGUGGCUGAGGCAAAGGCCGAGGUGAUGGAGGAGAUUGAGGAUGCCAGGGAUGAUGCCAGGGAUGAUGGAGAAGAGGAGGAUGCUGUGGAUGCCUCCUCGCCCCUGGCCAACCACAUUCAGGACUCUGCUGGUGCAACUGAGCCAAGCCUCAACUCUGACAAGCCUCCCCAGGAUUCUUGUGUUACCCUGCCUCCCAGUCAGCCUCGGGAGCCUGUGGACGGUAGCCAACCCUCAGGGGAUGGGCCUCUCCAAACCGUCAGCCCUGCGGAUGUGGUCCCCAAGAGUGACAAUGACUUAAAGGUACCCGUUACCCUCCGGAAGUCCCGACCAUUGUCCAUGGAUGCCAGAAUUCAUGUAGCCGAAGAGAAACAAGUCACUGGCCAGGCUGAGGACCCCAGUCCUGCAGCCAGCAAGUCCCAGAAGGCAAACCAGAGCCGCCCCAACAGCAGUGCCCUGGAGACCUUGGGUGGAGAGAAGCUGGCCAAUGGUGGCCUGGAGCUCCCCAGCUCUGUAACUCCAAGCCAUGUUAAGAGGGCUUCAGACUGCAGCACCGUGUCUACCUCAGAGAGCAUGGACUACAGCACCUCCCUGUCUGCUGACCUGUCACUGAAUAAAGAGACGGGCUCAUUGUCUCUCAAGGGCUCAAAACUGCACAACAAGACCCUUAAGCGGACCCGCAGGUUUGUGGUGGACGGUGUGGAGGUGAGCAUCACCACCUCCAAGAUCAUCAGCGAAGAUGAGAAGAAAGACGAGGAGAUGAGAUUUCUCAGGCGCCAGGAACUCCGAGAGCUUCGGCUUCUGCAGAAGGAAGAGCAUCGGAACCAGACGCAGCUGAACAGCAAACAUGAGAUGCAGCUGGAGCAAAUGCACAAACGUUUUGAACAAGAAAUCAACGCCAAGAAGAAACACUUUGAUAUGGAGCUGGAGAACCUGGAGCGGCAGCAGAAGCAGCAGGUGGAGAAGAUGGAGCAGGAUCACAGUGUGCGCCGGAGGGAGGAAGCCAAGAGGAUUCGCCUGGAGCAGGAUCGAGACUAUGCCAAGUUCCAGGAGCAGCUCAAGCAGAUGAAGAAGGAGGUGAAGAAUGAGGUUGAGAAACUGCCCCGGCAGCAGCGGAAAGAGAGCAUGAAGCAGAAGAUGGAGGAACACUCACAGAAGAAGCAGCUACUUGACCGAGACUUUGUAGCCAAGCAGAAGGAGGACCUGGAGCUGGCCAUGAAGAAGCUCACCAUAGAAAACAGGCAUGAGAUCUGUGACAAGGAGCGAGAGUGCCUCAGCAAGAAGCAGGAGCUCCUCCGAGAGCGUGAGGCAGCCCUGUGGGAGAUGGAGGAACACCAGUUGCAGGAGCGGCAUCAACUGGUGAAGCAGCAGCUUAAGGACCAGUACUUCCUGCAGCGGCAUGACCUGCUGCGCAAGCACGAGAAGGAACGGGAGCAGAUGCAGCGCUACAACCAGCGUAUGAUGGAGCAGCUGAAGAUUAGACAGCAGCAGGAGAAGGCGCGGCUCCCCAAGAUCCAGAGGAGCGACGGCAAGACACGCAUGGCCAUGUACAAGAAGAGCCUGCACAUCAAUGGCGCGGGCAGUGCCUCCGAGCAGCGCGAGAAGAUCAAGCAGUUCUCCCAGCAGGAGGAGAAGAGGCAGAAGGCCGAGAGGCUGCAGCAGCAGCAGAAACACGAGAACCAGAUGCGGGACAUGGUGGCCCAGUGCGAGAGCAACAUGAGCGAGCUGCAGCAGCUGCAGAAUGAAAAGUGUCACCUGCUGGUGGAACAUGAAACCCAGAAGUUGAAGGCCCUGGAUGAGAGCCAUAACCAGAGCCUGAAGGAAUGGCGGGACAAGCUGCGGCCGCGCAAGAAGGCCCUGGAAGAGGAUUUGAACCAGAAGAAGCGGGAACAGGAAAUGUUCUUCAAACUGAGUGAGGAGGCGGAACCCGGACCCACCACACCCAAUAGAGCCAGCAAGUUCUUCCCCUACAGCUCUGGGGACUCUUCCUAAUACCCCCAUCUCCGAGCUGUGGUGGGCGACGUAGCAGCAUGACCACUGGGGCCUCCAAGCCUCUAUGAACAAGUCACUCAGGACCUCUUUUGCUUCUGUGCCUGCUCGAACCAGCCCCUCAGCCUGUAGUGCCCUAGUUGUCCCCAGAGCAGCCCUGGUGCUUCUGGUGGAUGACUUCAUCGAGACUCAUAUUCCCAUCACCUGGAAGUGAUUUGGGUUCUUGGGGUCAGGGAACAGGCGUGAUGGGUGUGCCCCCUCCUGUUUGCCAAAGCAUAAGUACUGUUUGUGAGCAUAAGUACUACCAAUGACGUCACCGUGAACUCAUCCUUAUUGUAAUCCUUGAGGUCCCCCCCCCCCCCCCCCCCCCCCCCCCCCCCCCCCCCCCCCCCCCCCCCCCCCCCCCCCCCCCCCCCCCCCCCCCCCCCCCCCCCCCGCAGUUCCUCACAGUGUCCGAAAGCAUCCCUAACAGCCAUUUCAGUCCCUAGCAGCCAGCCUUCCGGGGUGUCCUCAUUCUACUGCUCCAGCCAGCUCACUCACUUGGUGCUUGAUGCCAGGCGCUGUAUAUGUGGGGGUCAGAAUAGAGGAAGGGAGACCAGAAAUGUUCACCCUGCUGGGCACACACACACAAACACACACAUGUACACAUGCGUGCAACUUGGCCUCCUGACACCACCCUGACUGCCUCUGCCCUGGCCUCCUACGGAACCUGCUUGCUGCCUCCUGAGCCUGAUCCUGGACCGCCGAGCAUGGCAGGUGAGCAGCUGGUGGGGCCAUGCUGCGUGCUGGCACCAGGGCCCAGAGAAGGCACAGGCUGUACUGCCAGCUUGCAACUCAUUUGGCUGCACCCAGGAUCCUGUGUUCAGGAGUAAACGCCUCUCCACAGCCAACUUCUGCUGCCUGGCACAUGCCAACCUCACCCUCGCCCGCUUGUCUGCAGGUACCCUGGGAAGGCUCUCGGCCUUUGCCCUGGUCCCGUCCUGGGGUCCCACCAUACAUUUCAGCUAAGCCUUGUGAGCCCUUGGACUUUGUUCUUCCCGCUCCCAGGAACAUGCAGAAGCAAAGAUACUGAGCCUCUGUGGUUCUGGGCCUUGGGGUGGCUCAGGUGGCCUUCUGAGAUGCUGAGCCCCACAGGCCACCUUGUGUCGCAACCUAGAAGAGCAGCUGUCCACCCAGCCUGUGAUCACUGAUAAAACAAACCUUUCUUGACUCUGAUGCCUCUGUGCUCCGUUAAAGCAGAUGUAAAUGGCUGGCCACCUCAGGAAGACACUUUAAAAAGCUACUUCCCUGGGGGAGGGGGAGGGAAAGGGGAGGCGGCGGUAGGGAAGAGACAGAAAUCGUUAAUAAAUAAAAAAUAAAAAAAAUAAAUAAAAUAAAUAAAAAGCUACUUCCCAGUGCUGCCGCUGCUGCCUACGCCAACUCAGGCACCUGAGGGUGGUGAGGGGCUCAGACCUCAGCAGGAUUUCUCUACCAGCUGCCUGAUGCUAAGGCAAUUCCCUGGAAAGUUUCCCCGGAUGCUAACUGGGUGCCUAGGAGGGACUGGGCUAGAAAGAUAGGAAAACAGGGCUUAGGGCUCCCUGAUCUCGUGUGCGGUAAAGGAACUCAGAGAGUCCAGGAAGGCCAUAGUUCUCAGGGUAGCGAGCAUCAGCUUGCCUUUGGGGGUCGUGAGGAACAGUUGACUUUGUUCUCUCUGGUGCAUGGUGACUGAGAAACAAAUUGUGCACACCUGCAGGACCUGGAGAUGGAAGUGGGCAGGGCUGCUUCUGUCAUUGUUUACAAUCUGCUUUUUUUUUUUUUUUUUGGCGUCCAGGGGACUUGACAGUGGCUCUAUUAGGCAAAAUUCCAGUUUUGUGGUUCAGGUAAAGCCUUUGGUCAUUUCCUGACUUAUCAUUCAUACUAUCCUCCUGGUCCUUUGUGCGAUUGUUGCUUCCAUACUUAGUGCCACCUGAGCCCUUGUUGCUCUAAUGUGCCUUUUUGAAUGGGGUCUAGCCUAGUCUCCCAGCCUUAUCAUUUAGCAUAUGUGCAAUGCCUGCUGCCGACAAGGCCCAUGCAGUAUUCCUCAUGCCCCGUGCUAAUGUUCUCUGUAUAGGGACAGGCAGAGAUGUCUUCAGCCGAAUAAAUGUAACUAACUUAUAUUUCCCCUCAUGAAGGAUAUAUGUAAUGUGUAUGUCAUUUCCAACCGUCGUGUAAAAUUUUUGUAAACUGUUCUCUGCAAACAAAAAAAAGUGUAAAUAUGCUUUUAAUAAAAUAACAAGGUAAUUUG